AGUAUAUAAAGGCUUGUCACUGUCCUUGGUACCAUGCACUCCCUGAGCUAAACAGCAUCACCAUGUCUAUUCGAUACAGCUCAAGCAAGCAAUACUCUUCCUCCCGCAGUGGAUGCGGAGGAGGAGGAGGAUCAUCCCUCAGAAUUUCGAGCAGCAAAGGCUCUCUUGGUGGAGGAUUCAGCUCAGGGGGGUUCAGUGGUGGCUCUUUUAGCCGUGGGAGCUCUGCUGGAGGCUGCUUUGGGGGCUCAUCAAGUGUCUAUGGAGGAGGAUUAGGUGGUGGCUUUGGUGGGGGCUAUGGAAGUAACUUUGGUGGGAGCUAUGGAGGUGGCAGCUUUGGAGGGAGCUAUGGAGGAGGUGGCUUUGGAGGGGGCAGUUUCGGAGGGGGCAGCUUCGGAGGUGGUUUGGGUGGUGGAUUUGGAGGAGAUGGUGGCCUUAUCUCUGGAAAUGAAAAAAUAACCAUGCAAAAUCUGAAUGAUCGCCUGGCUUCCUACUUGGACAAAGUUCGGGCUCUGGAAGAAUCAAACUACGAGCUAGAAGUCAAAAUCAAGGAGUGGUAUGAAAAGUAUGGCAAUUCAAGCCAGCGAGAGCCUCGUGAUUACAGCAAAUACUACCAAAUCAUCGAUGAUCUUAAAAAUCAGAUCCUCAACCUGACAACAGACAACGCCAAUAUCCUGAUUCAGGUUGAUAAUGCCAGGCUGGCAGCUGAUGACUUCAGGCUGAAGUAUGAAAAUGAGGUAACCCUGCGACAGAGCGUGGAGGCCGACAUCAACGGCCUGCGCAGGGUGCUGGACGAGCUGACCUUGACCAAGACCGACCUAGAGAUGCAGAUUGAGAGCUUGACCGAGGAGCUGGCCUACCUGAAGAAGAACCAUGAAGAGGUAUUAAGUUACAAUAUAUUCUCUCCUCUUCAGAAACAAUCCCUGGAAGCCUCCUUGGCAGAGACAGAAGGUCGCUAUUGUGUGCAGCUCUCUCAGAUUCAGUCCCAGAUCUCCUCUCUGGAAGAACAACUGCAACAGAUUCGAGCUGAGACCGAGUGCCAGAAUGCCGAGUACCAACAACUCCUGGAUAUUAAGAUCCGACUGGAGAAUGAAAUUCAAACCUACCGCAGUCUGCUAGAAGGAGAAGGAAGUUCCGGCGGCGGCUCCUACGGCGGCGGGCGCGGCGGCGGAAGUUCCGGCGGCUAUGGCGGAAGUUCCGGCGGCUAUGGCGGAAGUUCCGGCGGCGGCGGCGGCUACAGCGGCGGAAGUUCCAGCGGCGGCGGCCACGGAGGUAGUUCCGGCGGCCACGGAGGUAGUUCCGGCGGCGGCUACGGCGGCGGAAGCUCUAGCGGCGGUGGUCACGGAGGUAGUUCCGGCGGCGGCUACGGCGGCGGAAGCUCCAGCGGAGGCCACAAGUCCACUUCUUCAGGGUCCGUUGGAGAGUCCUCAUCUAAGGGACCAAGGUCAGCAGAAACUAGCUGGGAUACUAACAAAACCAGAGUGAUCAAGACAAUUAUUGAGGAGUUGGCACCUGAUGGUAGCGUCCUUUCAUCUAUGGUUGAAUCGGAAACCAAGAAACACUACUAUUAAGCUACAUCAAGAGGAAAGAGGCUCCCCUCACACAGGCCAUUAUGCAUAGAUGCAUGAAAAAAAAUCUCCAAGGAAACACUUCAGUCUUAAUGGCCUAUGGAAAUAGGUCCACUCCUUGAUCAUAAGGUGUCUAAACGGUAUUUUGUGGUUUCUGUAUUUCUCCUUUUCACUUUACCGGAAAGUAUUCUUUAAUGGAAAAAAAGAAAAACUUUCUGUUCUCAUUUACUAAUGAAUUUCAAUAAACUUCCUUACUGAUGCAAACUA